AUGGAGAAGCCGUGCACAUUCCUGGUGCACUUCGACAAGGGCUCGCCGUCAAUGGCGAACGAGAUCAAGGCGGAGCUCGAGUCCGGCGACGGCCCCGCCAAGGCCGACGCGAUGCGGCGCGCCAUCUCGCUGCUCCUCAACGGCGAGCCCCUCCCGCACCUCUUCAUCACCGUCGUCCGCUACGUGCAGUCCUGUGACGACCACGCCGUCCAGAAGCUGCUCCUCCUCUACCUCGAGACCGUCGACAAGCGCGACGCCGCCACGGGGAAGGUCCUCCCGGAGAUGAUCCUCAUCUGCCAGAACCUCCGCAACAGCCUGCAGAGCCCCAACGAGUACAUCCGCGGCGUCACGCUGCGGUUCCUCUGCCGCCUCACCGAGCCCGAGCUGCUGGAGCCGCUCGUCCCCUCCGUCCUCGCCAACCUCGAGCACCGCCACCAGUUCGUGCGCCGCCACGCGCUCUCCGCGGUCUCCGCCAUCUACAGCCUCCAGCACGGGGACCAGCUCAUCCCCGACGCGCCGGAGCUCGUCGAGCGCGCGCUCGCCUCCGAGCAGGACCCCGCCGCGCGCAGGAACGCGUUCCUCAUGCUCCUGGCGGCCGGCCAGGACCGCGCCGUCGCCUACCUCUUCAGCAGCGCCGACCGCGUCGCGGAGUGGCCCGAUCUGCUGCAGAUGGCCGCCGUCGACCUCAUCCGCAAGGUCUGCCGCUCCAAGGGCCGUGCCGACAAGGGCAGGUAUAUCACGGUCAUCAUCUCCCUCCUCUCGGCGUCCAGCGCGGCUGUCGUGUACGAGUGCGCGGGGGCGCUCGUGUCCCUCUCAUCUGCGCCCACGGCUGUGCGGGCCGCCGCCAAUACAUACUGCCAGCUGCUAUCCUCGCAGAGCGACAACAAUGUGAAGCUCAUCAUCCUGGACCGCCUGCACGAGCUGCGCUCCUCUCACAGGGAGGUGAUGGUGGAUAUGGUCAUGGAUGUGCUGCGCGCGCUGGCUAGCCCCAAUGUGGAUGUUAGGAGGAAGGUGCUGGAUUUGGUCCUGGAUCUGCUCACCCCCAGAAAUGUUGAGGAGCUGGUGCUCUACCUCAAGAAGGAGGUGGUUAAGACACAGGCCGCUGAGGUGGAGAAGGGUGGUGAAUACCGCCAGAUGCUAGUGCAGGCCAUCCAUAACUGUGCCAAGAAGUACCCGGAGGUGGCUGCAUUGGUUGUACACCUUCUCAUGGACUUCCUUGGGGAUCCUAAUGUUGCUGCAGCACUUGAUGUCGUUCUAUUUGUGCGCGAGAUUAUAGAGACUAAUCCCAAGCUCCGUGUGUCCAUGAUCCAGAGGCUGAUCGACAUAUUCUAUCAGAUCCGGGCAUCCCGUGUCUGCUCCUGUGCUCUCUGGAUCCUUGGAGAGUAUUCCCUGUCUCUCUCUGAGGUUGAGAGUGCCAUUUCCACCAUCAAGCAAUGCCUUGGGGAUCUUCCAUUCUACACUGUCUCUGAGGAAGGUGAGACAACUGAUUCCUCUAAGCCAUCCCAGCCAGCGGUGAACUCUGUCACUGUGUCUUCGAGGAGGCCUGCUGUUCUUGCAGAUGGAACUUAUGCCACACAGAGUGCUGCCACUGAGACUGCUAUUUCGGCUCCUGCUUCAGCUCUUGGGUCGUUGGCUUCCAGCCAGAAUCUCAGAUCUCUCAUUCUGUCUGGUGAUUUCUUCUUGGCUGCUGUUGUUGCCUGUAACCUGACCAAGCUUGUGUUGAGGCUGGAGGAGAUUCAGCCAGCAAAGGUUGAAGUAAACAAGGCUAGUACUGAAGCCUUGUUGAUCAUGGUGUCCAUCUUGCAGUUGGGAAAGUCAUCUUACCUCCCACACCCUAUUGACAAUGACUCGUAUGAUCGUAUUGUUCUCUGUGUGAGGCUGCUUUGCAAUACUGGUGAUGAUGUUAGGAAGGUCUGGUUGCAGUCUUGCCGCCAGAGCUUUGUCAACAUGCUUGCUGAGAAGCAAUUUAGGGAGACUGAGGAGAUGAAGGCCAAGGCACAGAUAACUUAUGCCCAACCAGAUGAUCUUAUUGAUUUCUAUCACCUAAAGAGCAGGAAGGGAAUGAGCCAGCUUGAGCUGGAAGAUGCAGUUCAAGAUGAUUUGAAGGCUGCAACCGGUCAAUUUACUAAGGAUGCAGAUGAUACCAACAAGCUAAAUCGUAUUCUUCAAUUGACAGGAUUCAGUGACCCUGUGUAUGCCGAGGCAUUUGUAACUGUUCAUCAUUAUGAUAUUGUACUUGAUGUUACAGUCAUAAACCGAACAAAAGAAACACUCCAGAACUUAUGCUUGGAGUUAGCAACAAUGGGCGACCUAAAACUUGUUGACCGUCCUCAAAACUAUACAUUGGCUCCUGAGUCAAGCAAGCAAAUUCGAGCCAAUAUCAAGGUCUCAUCAACAGAGACUGGAGUCAUAUUUGGUAACGUAGUUUAUGAAACUUCAAAUGUGAUGGAACGAUCUGUGGUGGUCCUAAAUGACAUUCACAUUGAUAUCAUGGAUUACAUCUCACCUGCUACAUGUGCUGAUGUUGCAUUCCGGAACAUGUGGGCAGAAUUUGAGUGGGAAAAUAAGGUGGCGGUGAAUACUGUGAUUCAGGAUGAGAAGGAAUUCUUGAAUCAUAUUAUUAAGUCCACGAAUAUGAAGUGUCUAACACCACCAUCUGCACUCGAUGGAGAAUGUGGGUUCCUUGCUGCAAAUCUCUAUGCCAAGAGUGUGUUUGGUGAGGACGCUCUGGUGAAUAUCAGUGUUGAGAAGCAGGCUGAUGGCAAGUUGAGUGGCUACAUCAGGAUCAGAAGCAAGACCCAAGGAAUCGCGCUCAGCUUAGGAGAUAAGAUCACCUUAAAACAGAAGGGAGGCAACAGCUAG